UCUCCCGCGCGCACGUCGUGGUAGCGCUUGUACGUGUCGAAGUCUGUACUGACGCGAGCGACGCGGUGUCCGUAACCGGUGUUCGGAAAAUUGUGCAUGUGCGUUUUCCGACGGAGGCAGUGUCUGUGCUCAUGUGAUGUGUAAUUGUUUUCUAGGAUCGAUUGCUGAGUUCUGAAGUUCACUAAAACGAUUAAGAACAAAAGUGCUUAACGCUCAAAAUUGUUAUAAACAAUUGACUUCUACGUUAUAUAAACGAUUAUUUUACCAGUCGUUAGUCGUUGUCGGGUCAAUUAAUUAGUCGUGCGCUGCGCUUUGUGCGCUUGGCGCGUGGGUGUUGGUGAGACGUCGCUUCGCGCGCGCUUAUUCGCCUGUCGCUGCCCCAGUCGGUGCUCGCCGGAGUCGCGCGACUCGGCCGGCACGCCCCGCCACAGCCGUGGAUAACCUCGGCCAGAGCCCCCUACCGGUGAAGAGGCUGCACGAAGCGCUGCAGAGUGCUCAGGCGAAGCGCCAGCGGCUCUCCCCCCCGUACCCCGCCGCACCGCCCGCCCUGCACCCUAUACACCAGCUCGCGGUGCACCAGCACAUCAAGGUGCAGCAGAGCAUCGUGCAGCAGAGCAUCGUACAGCAGCACCAGUUGACUCUGGCGCAUCAGUCGCUGCACAACCUGCAGGCGGCGCAAGCGCAGGCACAGGCGCAGCAGAGCCUUCAGGCGCAGAGCCUGCAGGUGUCGCAGGCACAGCUGCAGAGCCCACCGGGCGCGCAGCAGACGGCGACGGCCGGCGCUCUGCUCUCGCCGCAGCAGUCCUCUCCGCGGCCCGCCUCCCCGCACCACAAGAACAUGGAGCUUGCGCUGUGCCAGAGCAUGGACUCCGUCAACACCGCCACCACUGAGGAAGAGGUGCGGACGUUGUUCGUGAGCGGCCUGCCCAUGGACGCCAAGCCUCGGGAAUUGUACUUACUAUUCCGAGCAUAUGAGGGCUACGAGGGAUCGCUUCUAAAGGUCACCAGUAAGAACGGAAAAACAGCUUCGCCGGUGGGUUUCGUCACGUUCCACACCAGAGCGGGCGCCGAGGCCGCUAAGCAAGACCUUCAGCAGGGCGUCCGGUUCGACCCAGACAUGCCGCAAACGAUUCGGCUGGAGUUCGCUAAAAGCAACACGAAGGUCAGCAAGCCGAAGCCGGCAGUUGCCACAGCCGCGCCGGCCGCACACCCCGCAUUGAUGCACCCUCUCACCGGACACCUAGCGAGCCCAUUCUUCCCGGGCGGCGGCGAGCUGUGGCACCACCCGCUGGCGUAUGGCGGCGAACUGCCGGCGCUGUCGCACGGCCUCGUGCACCCCGCCAUCCACCCGCAGAUGGCACCAGUGCGCUCCUACCUCUGACUAGCUGCCGCCGAUAGGCCACACCACGUGAGUAUACCAUACUUAUUGCCGGCACCGGCGCUGGGCUCGCCGGGCGCCGCGGUGCCCGCUCCCCCCGCGCAUCCUGGCCAGGCGCAUCCUGCUCCCCCCUGCUCCACGCUCUUUGUCGCGAACCUUGGACAAUUCGUCUCCGAACAUGAGCUGAAGGAAAUAUUCAGCAGCUGCCCGGGCUUCGCGCGCCUGCGGUUGGUUGGGGGCGGCGCCGGAGGCGGCGGGGCCUGCGGGCCCGGCGGCGCCGGGGCGGGGCCCGUGGGCUUCGUGGAGUUCGGUAGCGCGGGCGACGCGGCCGCCGCCAUGGCGCGCCUGCAGGGGGCGCUGCUCCUCAGCUCGGAGGGCGCCAUCCACCUCGAAUUCGCGAGGCAUAAGUUGGCACACAACGGCUGGAUUCUCGCACACGAAGGAGCCAAAGGCGGAGAAGAGGGCGAACAACAUUAAUUCGUUCGUGGCUCUCGGCACUUGACAACCAGCUAACUGAGGGACGCGCUAUCUUGAUCCUCUGAGUGGCAUCGGAGCCGUCGCCGGAGAUGGGGCUUGCUGCUGCUACGAGCGCCCUCUCUACGGUUGAUCAGGAUCAAGAACAUUGUAUCGGCGCAGCGACUGCACGAGCGGUAGCCAAGCCUCUCAUCUCCUUCUACUUUCGUUUACAAAUACAACCGCGUCCGGGGUGUAUGUAUGUGUGUGUGUGUGGUGUAUUUUGUUGAUACCAAAUUUAGAAUAAAUUUUAUUGUAUUAUCAUUAACAUUCCAGUUGAAUUGUUUACCGUUCACGAUUAUAUUAUUUGAAAUUAUUUAAUCCCUUAGAUGUAAAGUGUUUUC